AUGUAUUCUCUCUCUCUCUCUGAUAAGUUGUUUCUUGGCAGUGGAGUGAAAUUUUCGGCCGAGGAGGAAAGAACGGUUAUAGAGCUACAAGCAGAGUUCGGGAACAAAUGGGCAAGAAUCGCGACCUAUCUGCCCGGGAGAACAGACAACGACGUCAAAAACUUUUGGAGCAGCCGGCAAAAAAGAUUGGCUAGAAUGCUCCACACAGCACCUAAUUGUGCUCCCCCACAACAGCCGUCCACAUCAUCCACCAAACCGCGCAAUAAGAACACGUCCGUUCAACUUCACCCCCAAAUUUCCUAUCUCGAUAUUCCCUCUCUAGAGGCACCCAAGUUCAGCUCAUCACCCGAUGAACAAUCGAUAGCAGCAAAGCCCCAAUCUUGCCCAUCUUCCAGCAUCGACGAUCCUAAGAGGGUAAAAAUGGCGCCUUUUGCUUACCCGGGCCCACUCAUUUAUGAGCCCGGCCCAUUUCAACUCGACUAUGGCCCACCAGACAUGAAGCCCACAACAAACCCAGACCAGCCACAAUCAGAUGAGCUUGUAUUCCCACAAGUCCCACAGCUUCAGCCAGAUUUCCCUAUGCCACUCGAGAGCCAAGAGGACAUAGUUACCAGGCUUGGAGAACCUAAUUUUCUGGACGAAUUUGAGAACUCGGGCGGGCCUGCAUUGGGCCCGGACAUCAGCUGUUUGAUCGAUGGUUUCCCACCAAUCGACAUAUUUGAUCACAUACCGAGCCCUUCAGAUUGGUCGUGA